AUGACAACCAAAUCGAACAGCAGUGUUCUGGGUGGCAAGGCUUCCUCAUCACCUCUCCUGUCCCCUCCACCUCACCAGCGUCUGAUCACCAAAGAUGGACACUGUGCACUUCGCCCCACUGUGUGUUCUUCAGGCUCAUGGCAUGAGACUUUACGCAGAGCCUGGCUGUUGGCCCUGCAGGAUGUGUGGGGACUGUUAGUGAGUCUGCGCUGGAGAUGGGUCCUUCUGGCCUUCUGCACCUCUUUCCUGGCCCACUGGCUGUUGUUUGCCUGUCUGUGGUACUUGCUGGCACACCUAAAUGGGGACCUUGCUGUUCAGGAUCAUGAUGCGCCCCCACAGGGGCAUGUGCUCUGUGUAAAGCACAUUACAAGCUUCACUGCUGCGUUUUCCUUCUCCCUGGAGACUCAGCUAACCAUCGGCUAUGGCACUAUGUUCCCCAGUGGAGACUGCCCUAGUGCUAUAGCACUUUUGGCUGUACAGAUGCUGCUUGGACUCAUGCUGGAAGCAUUUAUCACAGGUGCAUUUGUAGCCAAGAUUGCCCGCCCCCAGAAGCGAGCAGGAGCCAUCCAAUUCAGCCACCAGGCAGUGGUGGGCCAACACCUGGGUCAGACAUGCCUCAUGCUACGAGUCACCAAUCUGCUGCAGCGACCUCUGGUGGAUGUAAAGGUGAGUGCUGUGCUAUAUGAGGAGCAUGAAGGCCAAGCUCUACACCAGACUUCAUUGGACUUCUAUUUGGACCAUCUGGGCCAGCAGCCAUGCCCCUUCUUCAUUUUUCCACUCACCUUUUACCACCCCCUGGACCGUCGGAGCCCUCUGUACCCUGUCCUGUGUGAGGGCUCAUCAACCCACUUUGAGUUAGUUGUCUUCCUAUCAGCCUUGCAGGAGGGAACUGGUGACACUUGCCAGAAGAGGACCUCUUACCUGCGCCAAGAAAUCCAGUUUGACCGCCGCUUUGUCCCUGCUUUGGGGUUGGAUGCCUGUGGAAGGUACACAGUGAGCAACCAGCACUUUGAUACAGCCCACUCAAAAGAGCCUAUGAACAAGGACUGUGUGGUGCAGAUCAACGGUGAUGGCAAUGAGAGGAUGGAGUAA